AAAAAGCAGCCGAGCGAAAGACCUCAGUGCUCGGGCCCGACUCUUGAAUCUGUCGCGGGAGGGAGAGAGACAGCUGCUGCGCGCCAAGGAGAGGGAAGGACGGCCGGUCGUCUUUCUUGCUUUCACUUCUAAAACAGGCAUAAAGUGAGGGCAACAUGGAUCAAGAUUCAAAUACAGUUGCAGAGACAAGUUUACCAUGUGUUAAGUGUGGCAAUACUGCACGACUUCAGUGUCCUAAAUGCCUAGAAUUAAAGCUGCCUCAAGAAGGUGCUGCUUUCUGCUCUCAGGAUUGUUUCAAAGCAUUGUGGAGCUCACACAAAUCAGUUCAUUUAAAUUCAGAAGUACAUACUUUUAGAGGGAAUCCACAGGAAUGCAUCACUGCAGCACUUAGUAAGGGUUGGUUGUACUGCUUGAAGAAAGGACAGGCGCGAACAAAGCAGCUUCCUUAUUUUGAUUGGACUGGGACGUUAAGGCCAUAUCCUAUUUCAGGUCAACGAUUUGUUCCAGAUAGAAUUCCUAAGCCUGAUUGGGCUGUUGAUGGUAUUCCAAAAAUUGAGCCUGUCAGUGACCUGCAAAAUAUAGUAGAGAUCAAGACCCCUGAACAAAUUGAAAGAAUGAGAAAAACUUGCAGAAUCGCAAGGGAAGUUUUGGACGUAGCAGCUCGUGCAAUAAAACCUGGAGUAACAACUGAUGAAAUUGAUGAAUUGGUCCAUAAUGCGACAAUUGCUGCAGGCGCAUACCCAUCUCCAUUAAAUUAUCACUUCUUUCCGAAGUCUUGUUGCACGUCAGUCAAUGAAGUCAUUUGCCACGGAAUUCCUGAUGCCAGGAGACUAGAAGAUGGAGACAUUGUUAAUGUCGAUGUAACUGUUUACUAUGAUGGUGUGCAUGGUGAUCUCAAUGAAACUUAUUUUGUUGGGAAUGUUGACGAGGAGUCUCAACAACUUGUUCGUUGUACAUAUGAAUGCCUUGAAAACGCAAUAUCCAUAGUUAAACCUGGAGUACGUUUCCGUGAAGUUGGAGAAGUUAUCAAUCGACAUGCGUCAAUGUCCAAGUUAUCUGUGGUGAAAUCAUACUGCGGUCAUGGUAUUGGAGAGCUUUUCCAUUGUGCACCCAAUAUUCCUCAUUAUGGAAAAAACAAGGCAGUGGGGGUAAUGAAAGCUGGACAGACCUUUACUAUUGAACCCAUGAUUAAUUCAGGUGUCUGGAGAGAUCGUAUGUGGCCUGAUGGUUGGACUGCUGUCACUGCAGAUGGCAAGCGUAGCGCCCAGUUCGAACACACACUGCUGGUAACUGAGACUGGCGUUGAGGUCCUUACAGCACGUUUGCCAUCAUCGCCGAAUGUGUUCCCAUGGUAAGCUAGAAAUCUAUUCGACCUUCAACAUAGUGGCUUUUGAGAUUCAGCCAACAUAGACGUGUUGUUCAUUAGCCGGUAACAACUUAUUCUAUAUCUGGUUCAUUGUGGACCACCUGUUGUUCAUUAACCGUUUACAACUUAUUCUAGAAGUAACUUGUAAUAAAACUUGCCACAGUUUCUGGAAUUUCCUGUUGUUUCUUGCCCUUUUGCCUAUUUGGACUACAAUGUGAAAUGGAAUUAUGCUUGUUGCUGAC